CAUUGAAUAAAAAUAUUCCCCCUCUCCUAGAAUCUCUCUCUCUCUCUACAACUCUAAACCCUAAAAAACCCUUCUGCCGUACUUCCCAAAGUCGCCGUAGAAGCCGGCUGCGUAGGGAUUACGUCAGACAACCUCAACCUCGGGCGUAUCAACUGGUGCUCUCAUUCUCGAUCUCAUGUCUACUCCAAACGAGAGUUCGCCGGUUACCUUGGACGAUAUCAUGCAGGCAAUCACCACUCUUUCCAAUGACUUGCAUGCAACAAAGCUCCGUGUUGCCGAGCUUACCACUUCAAAACAGCCGCGCAUGGAGGACAGACCUCGCCAACCCGGUUGGCGACCACCGCCGUCGCGCACAACUCCGCCGGCGUUUGACCCAGCCCCGCGGAUGCGUGUGGACGCACCUCGCUUCUCCGGGAUGAUCAACGAUGGGGCGGUGCAGGUCCUUUUGGAUGGCGGCAGUACGCACAAUUUCAUUCACCCCGACGUCGCCGAACGCCUCGCCCUUUCCCUACAUCCGGUCUCUCCUUUCCGUGUGUACGUCGGGAAUGGGGACUCACUCCGUUGCACCUACUCAUGCCCACAAACACCGCUCUCUUUGCAGGGCCAUUGCUUCAACGUUGAUUUAUAUCUCCUUGAAAUUCACGGCCAGGAUGUUGUGUUGGGUGUCCAGUGGCUACAAACCCUAGGGAAGGUUGCUCACGAUUACUCCCAGAUGACCAUGGAGUUCUCUUGGAAGGGUGGCACUGUCACGCUGCGCGGUGAUCAGCCCCACCCUCGGCCGUUGUCUUACAGCCAAUUCUGCACUUUGGUGGCCACCGCCGGGGCCGGGGAGGUCUUCGAGCUACUCCUGUCCGAUGCACAGCCCCCAUCCUCGACCACAGGUGACAUAGUCUUCCCCGGGGAUCUGCCCGAACCCAUUUGUCUGGUCUUGGAGCAUCACACGGCUGUGUUUGGAUUACCUCCAGGUUACGCCGCCAUUGCAGCCCCCCUCACCGAUUUACUUAAGAAAGAUGGCUUCGUGUGGGGUCCAGCGGCCGAUGACGCCUUCGCCCGACUUAAGCUCGCCAUGACGACCGCACCUGUUUUGCACCUACCGGACUUCUCUUUGCCAUUCUAUGUGGAGACAGAUGCAUCCUCCACCGGCAUUGGUGCGGUGCUGAUGCAGCGGGGUCACCCGUUGGCCUUCUUUAGCAAGAAAUUGGGGCCCAAACGCCAAGCGGCGUCUACUUAUCACAAAGAAUUAUAUGCGAUUGUGGAGGCCAUCCAGAAGUGGCGUCAAUAUCUUUUGGGUCGUGAAUUUAUCAUCCGCACAAAUCAACGCAGCUUGAAGGAGUUACUGUCACAGGUGGUUCAGACACCCGAACAACAACUUUAUGUCCGAAAACUUAUGGGAUUUAAGUUUCGGAUUGAGUAUAAAACGGGGGCAACUAAUAAGGCGGCGGAUGCAUUGUCACGCCAAACGGAUGAGGAUGAUGCCGCGGGGUUUUUUAUGGCACUUGCUCAGCCGGUGCCACACUUACUACGUGACUUACAAAGGGAAAACGAGACGUUACCCGACCUACUGGCGCUUCACAGGGAGGUCACGCGCAGGGUGGCUUCGGCCGAAUUCUCCGUCCACAACGGCCUGCUAUACUACAAAACCCGCCUCUACAUCAGCCCGACUUCUCCCUUGCGCGACAUACUACUGACAGAGUUCCAUGCCACGCCGACCUCCGGGCAUCAAGGCGCCGAGCGCACCUUUAGGAGGAUAGCGCAGACAGAGGUGCUCAACCGGAGCUUAGAACAAUACUUGCGAGCUUUCACUUCGGAACGGCCGCGCCAGUGGUCACGCUUUCUUCCCUGGGCCGAACUCGCACUGAAUUGCAGCCACCACGAGGGUUUGCGCGCCUCCCCCUUCCAGGCCUUGUACGGUCGGCCUCCUCCAUCUGUCUUCCCUACACUCUCAGUGCGGGCCAAAGCUGCUGAGGUUGAGACCUUGUUGCGUGAGCGAGCGGAGUUACUGGCCGAUCUGCGGGCCAAUCUCAUCAAAAUGCAGCAGCGGAUGCGCUCACAAGCCAAUCAGCAUCGUCGGGAUGUUUCCUUUGCGGUUGGAGAUUUAGUUCUUCUCAAACUCCGCCCUUAUCGCCAACAUUCGGUGGCUAGACCGUUGUCAUCCAAGCUUGCCCGGCGUUACUACGGGCCGUUUGAAGUUUUGGAGCGCAUAGACGCAGUGGCAUACCGUCUUCGUCUUCUAGAGGGCUGCCGAAUCCACGACGUUUUCCACGUCUCUCUGUUGAAGCCUUUUGUUGCUCGUGAUGGCAGUACCCCCACAGCAACACUGCCAGCCGAUUUCUUUAAAGGACAGCCGGUUUCUUUCCCCGUGGUUGCCAUCUCUAGCCGCACGGUUUUAGUGGAUGGUGAAUUGCAAGAGCAGUGGUUGGUUCGGUGGACAGAUGGCACAGAUGCGGACGCCACCUGGGAGCCUGUCAAGGAUUUGGUGCAGCACUAUCCUGAUCUUCGCCUUGAGGACAAGGUCGCUCUCGAGUCCGGGGGAGUUGAUACGGGCCUGGACGACCAAGGGAUAGAGCACGGGGACAAUGAGGUGCCGAGACGACCCCGACGACUUAUAUGACCACCGCAACGCUACAAGGAUUAUGUUUAGCUAUUUUUUAAAUUCAGUUAUUGUAACGUAGAUUUUACUAGGCGGGCAAAUUAUAAGCCCCUUCAAGGGUUUUCUUUUCGGUUCUUUCCCUUGACGCUUUUAUUGAACCGACAGAAAAACAGAGAAGAAAUGGGGUGAGAGCCGAGAUAAGGAAGAAGGGAGAAAAGAAGAGGUGCAGCAUGGUUUUGUGCUCCGAUCGAUGACCAAACGAGCUCCGAUUGGGAUGAAAUUUUAGUAUGUUGUUCCUCACUUCCUCUUCUUCAUAUCCAACAGUGGGAUUGUUGUUUUGACCUCUCGAUGUCGGUAAAAUCGCCUUUGUUUACUGCUGCGUUUUUAUUGGGGAUUUCUCACUUUUGAGUGAAGAUCAUUGUUGUUUGGUGUUCCAAGUUAUUACUUGAUGAUUGUGUAUACCUCUAAUUGAUUUAGAGAGGAUUCUUGCUGUACCCACUGAUUUUCUUGGUGAUUAGUGGAAGGCUUCGUGGUUUUUUCCCCGAUUUAGGGUUUCCACGUUAAAUCUUGGUGUUCGUUUAUCGCUUGAUUGAUUGCUUGUUGUUGUGUUUGCUAUUCUUGAUCGGUCAUAUGAUUUUGCCCAUUUUGACAACACAAAGACGGGAAAAUUAUUUAUUGCUUCCGCUAGAAAAUUGAGGUGAUUUUCCCAACAAUUGGUAUCAGAGCUUGAGUCAUAUUUUUUGGUGAUUUUCUUGUGUUGUUAAAAUGGAAGAUAAAGCUGUUUUGGGGGA